GAAAAUUGUAGCCGCCCACGGGAACUUCGACGAAGCGCACGUCAUCGACAAAGUUCCAGAACAAGCUGUCGACAUCGAGGAGCUCAGGAAGGCGGUUUUCGAAGGCGAGGCAGGAUGGAAAGCUCUAGCUGAAGCCAAAGGUGGGCUAGU